UUCCUACCAUCUUGUCCGUCUUCCUCGGGAUGGCCCUCGUUGCCGUCUGUUCUACCAACGCAGCCCGGCUGGACUCCAUCCUCAGCCAAAUACAAGAGAAAGUCGCGAGCAUCGAGAGCGCCUCCUCGACAUUAGCUCCCGCGACGCACGCAAGGCCAUCCAGGCCGACGGGCGAAGAGUUCGGCCACUGCGGGCACUCGAUCAAAGAGGCCGAGUCGCUCGGCUGCAUCUUCGACCCCAUGUCGUGGGCGUGGCAGCGGCCCGAGUGCUACAACGCCGAGCUCAUCAACGACUUCCUGGGCAUCUUCGACUGGCACUUCUUCCCCAACAACCACACGCGGCCGGAGGAGGAGCUGUCGCGGGAUACCUGGGUCAACGGCCACUAUAACGGGGCUUGGGGGCCCUGGGCGUGGCACAUGUACCACUGCUCGUACUCGUGGCGCAAGUUCGACGCCGCUUUCCACGCCCAGAAGCCGCUGGACGACGAUAUCCUCGACCCCUUGCACACCGAGCACUGCUCGAUCGAUAUCAUCUUGCGGGAUACGGAUCCGACGCUCCAUGAGCCGUGUCUUGCGAACCCUGAGGCUUGCAAGAUCACGCAGAUGUGGAUGAAGUUCAAUAAGUGUGGUUAUUACUGAGGACCAAUGUUGUCGGUCAUCAAUGUCUAUGUAUAGCCUACCUACCUAAACUAAGGCAUGGGACAUAGGAAAGUUGAAUUGGGAAAUUCACAUCUUGUAAUGAAAGUAUCAAUUUAGGGCCAGUCUACAAAGCAUAGUUGUCUUGCACCAAUAUCCCAACUGGGGAAGUAGGCCCAUGUUAACC